AAAUAUAUCACAAAGAAGGAUCCAAUUAAAAAUUCACCUUUAUUACUAGUGGUUUUUACUGAGAUACUUGAUGUUAAUCAUCAUCUUUUAAGAUCAAUUGAAAAUGGUAAAAGGUAUUUUCCUUUUCCAAAAUACAUCGUAGGAGAAAAAUGGAGAUUUUAUUUUGAUGGACUUAAUCAAUCCAAACCUGCUUCCAAUGGAGAAUAUUUUAUUAGG